AUGGAUCUUAGUUCUAACCAUUUUCAAGUUUCAAUUCCCAAUUGUCUUGGAAACUUGACUUCUUUAACCUUUCUUAGUUUAAGUCAUAAUAGCUUUACAGGUUCAAUUCCCAGUUCUCUUGGAAACUUGACUUCUUUAACCUCUCUUAGUUUAAGUCAUAAUAGCUUUACAGCUUCAAUUCCAAAUACCAUUGGUAGUCUUUGUAGAUUGCAAGUGCUUGAUUUAUCCUGGAAUAAAUUGACGGACUCCAUUGCAGUUCUUUCUGAUUGCUUAUUAGAUAGUUUGACAGACUUGUACUUAGAUUCUAACAAUUUCAAUGGUCAACUUCCAAACCAGUUGUACAAGUUUAAGAAUUUGCAACUACUUUCUCUGUCUUCAAACUCCUUCUCUGGUCCAAUAAUUGAGUCACUUGGAAAUUUGUCAAUGUUGCUGGAGCUGGAUAUUAGUAACAAUAAGUUUAGUGGUAGUGUUCCCUCUAGUCUUGGUGAACUUUCAAAUCUUGAAGAGUUAUAUAUAUCUAAUACUUCAUUGGUAGGUUUCCUAUCUGAAUUCCAUUUUUCAAAACUCAGUAAGCUUCAAACUUUGCACAUAUCUAGUAAUUUGUUUGUUUGGAAUGUAAGCUCCAACUGGGUUCCUCCUUUCCAACUCUCUGACAUAGCAAUGAAAUCCAUCAAAAUUGGUCCUCACUUUCCUCAUUGGCUUCGUACUCAAAGAUAUGUUGAACGGUUGUUUAUGUCUAAUGCCAGCAUCUCAAGUGCUAUCCCUGAUUGGUUUGAGAAAUUUUUCUGGAAUAGCUUUGAAUUAGAUCUCUCUAAAAAUCAGAUAAGUGGAGAGCUUCCCUUGAAACCACAUGUUGAAGGUUACAAGAAGAUGUGGUACCUUUCUCUUUCAAACAAUUAUUUGAGUGGUGGCAUCCCCAAGUGGCUAUGUAGUUUUGAAAUUUUAAUGAUUCUUGCUCUGUCUACAAAUCAGUUAUAUGGAGAAAUACCUCCAUGCUUAGGAAAACUACAAAGCUUGGGAGUUCUUGACUUGGGGAAUAACAAUCUAAGUGGUCACAUUCCAAAUUCAUUGGGAUCUCUACAAUGGCUAUACUCUAUGCACUUGCAGAAUAAUGAACUUGAAGGGAAACUCCCGGGAACCAUGCAGAAUUUAACAAGCUUGAUAACCUUGGAUUUGAGUGAAAAUAAACUUAUGGACGUUAUCCCUUCAUGGAUUGGGGGAAAAUUAUUGAGUUUGAAAUAUCUUGUCUUGUAUAGAAAUAAGUUCUAUGGGGAUAUUCCAUUGCAACUAUGUCAACUGCAUGAUCUUCAAUUGUUAAAUUUGGCAAAUAACAACAUAUCAGGAUACAUUCCACAGUGUUUUGGAAACUUUACUGCAAUGGCUUUUGAUGACAAACAGUCAUAUGAUUCGUACAACGGAACGUAUGAAGAUGAAAUUGAUGAAGUCAUAAAAGGAUUAACAUUGCAGUACACUAGAAACCUUCGAUUCCUAAAAUCUAUAGAUCUUUCAGGGAAUCAUAUUGCUGGAAAGAUCCCGAUUGAGAUAAUGAGUUUGCAUGCAUUGCAGAACUUGAAUUUUUCUAGAAAUAAUCUGAGUGGAACAAUCCCUGAGACAAUUGGUAAUUUGAGCAAAAUUGAAUCACUUGAUUUAUCUAGAAAUGAAUUCUCUGGUCCCAUUCCACCAAGCUUGUCAUCUUUGAAUUUUUUGAGCCACUUGAACUUAUCAUUCAACCAUUUAUAUGGGAGAAUACCAACAGGAAGUCAACUUCAAACUCUCAAUGAUCCAUCCAUUUACAUGGGCAACGAAGGACUUUGUGGUGCCCCUCUUCCAAAGGAUUGCCCCAAUGAUGUACCAUCUUUUGUUAAUCAAUCUACAUAA